AUGCGAUUCAGUUGUAAGGCUCCAGGUCAGAGGGAGUGUGAUGACGCCAUUGAGGUUCUUAAUAACUGCAUCCGUGAGGUGGACAAGGCGUCUCUGGCAGCCAUCAGCCAGCAGCUCACGCCUAGAGACGACAUCUCCCAUGAGGCCCUUCACGAGCAGAUGGCGGCGUCUGUGCAGGAGAUCAGUAACCUGAUUGAACCUGUGGCCAUCGCAGCCCACUCCGACGCCUCUCAGCUGGGUCACAAGGUGUCUCAGAUGGUCAGUUACUUUGAGCCGCUCAUCAUGGCUGCCAUCGGUACAGCGUCUAAGAUCCUGAACAGCCAGCAGCAGAUGAGCGUACUGGAUCAAACCAAGACUCUGGCUGAGUCUGCCCUACAGAUGCUGUACACUGCCAAAGAGGCUGGAGGAAACCACAAGGUAAGACGCCACCAGCCAAACACAGCAGCUGGAUUCUG